UUCCGUUUCUCAAGAUCUCAGGGACAAAAUUGAAUAACAAAAAAUCGCUCCUUACGCUUCUGCUGGAAGGUGAAAGGUCGUUCUCUCCUCCCGCCGACUCUCUCUCUUUCGCUCUGGCGAGAAAACGAGUGCUGGGAGCAGUCCUGAGGCAUUAUUUUAUCUCCUUCGGAUCGAGCAUCCGGUUUCUUGGCCACCCACAAACGCGAAGAUCUGCUAUACUGGAGGGAGAUUGAGGAAAAGUAAAGAAUCAGGCGAAAUUGGUUUCCGGAUCUCCGGUUUCUUGCGCAGGACGAUCACCGGAGCAUGCCAUGGUUCCUCACCUUCUAUCUGCAAGCGAAUCGUUAGAUGUGGGAUAUGUACCCGUUCUUUGUUCUCGGAAAUGCAUGCUGUAAUAACGUGUAUCUCCUGACCUGUUGAGAUGUUAUUCAAAUCGAAGAUCAAAUGGGCAGCGCUCAUCGGAUUCACAUUAUCAAUAUUUUCUCUACUGGUCCACCUGCUUCUUGCUAAAUAUUCCGGUGGGAACCUAUUUCAUUAUCGUGAAUCGUCAAUUUUUUUUACACGAGAUCGCGUCCUCAGCUUUAGGGGGCAGAGUUCUCGAUACAGAAGGUUAUGGGGCACUACGAGAACCUUGGAGUCCUUGCUGCCAUAUGCAAGCCCACGAGUCAAGUAUCCAGGUCCUCCUAAGCAAAAUGGUUUCAUUUUUGUUAAGAUAUAUGGUGGAUUUGAGAAGAUAAGAUCUUCGAUUUGUGAUGUUGUUGUUGUCGCAAGGAUGCUAAAUGCGACACUUGUUAUUCCAGAGAUACAAGAGAGUACCCGUUCAAGAGGGAUCAGUUAUAAGUUCAAGAGCUUUUCAUAUAUUUACGAUGAGGAUCGUUUCACAUCAGCACUUGCAAAGGAUGUUGUUGUUGUGAAAAGCCUACCUAAUGACAUGAAGGAUGCAAUGAAAAAAAUGAAAUACCCCACAAUUUCACCACCACGAUCGGCUCGUCCAAAUUUUUACAGGAAUGAGGUUUUGCCAAAAUUGAAGGAAAUGAAAGUUGUCAAGCUUGUGAUAUACGAUGGAGGAUGCCUUCAGUCCAUUCUUCCAGAAAGAAUGGCAGAGUAUCAAAGGCUUAGAUGCCGAGUGGCAUUCCAUGCACUUCGUUUCCGUUCUGAGAUUGAAGACCUUGGACGUCGGUUGGUGCAGAGGUUACGAGCUUCAGGGCAACCUUAUCUGGCUUACCAUAGUGGUCUAAUUAGGGAAACACUAGCAUACCAUGGCUGUGCUGAACUUUUUCAGGAUGUUCAUACUGAGCUCAUACAGUACCGAAGGGCUCAGAUGAUUAAACAGAAGAUCGUUUUUGGGGAACGAACUAUUGAUUCACAAGUACCACGGAAAAAUGGCUCUUGUCCCCUCAUGCCAGAGGAGGUUGGUAUUCUUCUGCGAGCAAUAGGAUAUCCCUCUGACACAAUAAUAUAUCUAGCUGGUGCAGAGGUAUUUGGUGGUCAACGGGUGCUCAUUCCAUUUCGGACAAUGUUCAACAACCUUGUUGAUCGGUCUACUCUUUUGAGCAAGAAGGAACUGUUGGGCCUAUUUGGUCCUGAAACAACUCUUCCAUUAGAUUUGCCACCACCAGUGCCUGAGGUCAGUAAAGAAAAACAACUACAGGAAUGGAAUAAAGCAGGACCUCGGCCCAGGCCUUUGCCUCCUCCUCCAGCAAGAAGAAUAUAUGCACAUGAGAUGGAAGGAUGGUAUGGCUGGAUUACCAGGAGACCAACAGAACCAGAACCGUCCCCAAUAGAUCUAAGAAAACAAGCACAUCGGUUACUUUUGAAUGCCCUUGAUUAUAUAGUUUCUGUUGAAGCAGAUGCCUUUUUUCCUGGAUUUGAUAAUGAUGGAAGCAACUGGCCUGACUUCGCAAGUCUGGUCAUGGGCCAUCGGCUGUAUGAACUGGCAGCAGCUAAAACAUAUCGGCCGGACAGGAAGGUGAUGGGCAAUCUAAUUGACAGCAUAAGGGAGCGCCUGUACACUCCUAAGUGGAACUGGACUCUUACUGUUCGAGAGCUUCUCAACCAGAGUGUAGGGGCAGAUGGAUUGAUGCGGGAAUCCUUAAGGGCAAAGCCAAGAAAUUUUCUAGCAUACCCCCUACCAGAGUGCUUGUGCAGUGCUGCUAAGUUAAGUGGAGACUCAAAUCAAACUAGAGCUGCAGUUGACCAACUGUUACAUGGCCAAGUGGAUGAAUGCCCUUCAAGGAUGCUGCAUGAUCUGUUGACUGUUCGAGGUGCAUAUGGUGGCAUGGAGGAAGCAGCGGAUGAGAGAGAAACUUCAACUAAUGAUGAACUCGAUGACCAACAUGAACCUGAGGAAGACAUCAAACCCGAAGUUGCUCGAAUUUGGGAGCAGGAUGAAGAGAUGGAUCCUGACGAUUGAAGUUCUGCACCAUGUUUUUCAUACACGGAUGACAGGCAGAGCUAAACCCAAUUCAAUACCAUUGAAUUCCUUGAGGUCAUGAUUUGGAAUGAGGAUGAUUCAAAUCUGUUGACCAGGAAUGAGAUUGUUUUGUCGAUUGAACGGCUGAGCUUAUGGCAUCAAUCUGGUCAGUCUUGCAAAUAUCUGAAGUUACUAAUAAUUUGUUGCCAGUAUCAUGGAAGCAUCUAUGUGGCCGAAGGCUUUCUUUUUAGAAGCUUAUAGUUACACGUGUACAUCUCAUUCGUCGGAGCUGAAACACUCUUUAAUAGUCUUUACACAUGCAUGGGCUUGAUGUGAAAUAACCCAGAAGAUAUUUCAGUACUAUUCAGUUUUGCCCCAAUUCAUUCAUUGAUUCCACUUGUAUAAUUGGCUUCUUUUUCAGUAAUAUUGUUGGGUUACAGCAAGGUUUCUUCGAAGAGAUUAGCUUCAUUGAUCGGCUGUGGAUUAUUUCAUUCAAUUCAUCAAAUUCUUGAGGAUAGCUACGGCGACUGUGGAGAGAGCCUAGCUUGGGGAUCCAUGUAUAUGGUUUUUCCAUGUGUUGUGCAUCAUGAAUCUGUCUUUGUGACAGACAAAAAGUACUUGAUUUUGGUAGAAUAAAUGUGCUUUCCUUUUU